AUGGCCGAGUCCUGCAGCACCGAGAUCGAGUCAACGAUCCUUCUUCACUCGUGGACCGUCAAGAAUUUUUCAAACCUUCGUCCCGACAUGAUGCUGCGAUCUACGGUAUUUUCCGGAGUGUCGACCUACACGGCCAAUCCGGUUUCCUGGUACUAUGAGCUAAACCCUUCAAAAAGUGUUCAAGGAGUAGGUGACUGUAUGAUGAUUGAGGCGUAUGCCGUAUCGACGCACGUCCCGCGAUCGCGUCUUCACGCGGAGAUUAUCCUGGAAUGUAACAGCGGCAACAUUACCAAUCCUAAGUGUUCGGGAACGAUCGAGGCUGGUGCUCAGAUUGGAGGUAGUAUGAGAUUGCUCCGAACGAGCGUCAACUCUUACCUGGUGAAAGAUGGCACUCUGACGCUGGGAUUCAAGCUGACGCUGUUCGAAGAGAUCCGGGACGGAAUCCCGCAACAACGGCUUGCCUUUCUGCCAGAUGUGCUGCUGUUGGACCACUACGCGGCACUUCUUGCCUGCGACAAGUUCAGCGACGUGACGUUCGUCAUCGGCGAAGAACGCUUCUGCGCCCACAAGGCCAUCCUGGCUGUUCGCAGCCCGGUGUUUGCCGCCAUGUUCGAUCACGACAUGCAGGAGUCGAAGGAGAAUACGGUCAAGAUCACGGACAUACGGCCGGAAGUGUUCCGGGAGGCGCUGCGGUUUAUCUACACGGGUUCGGCGGAGAAAAUUGAACUGCUUGCCGAUGAACUGUUGAUUGCUGCGGAAAAGUACGCCCUGGACAACCUCAAAAGGAUGUGCGAGGAUCACCUUGCGAUGGUGCUAACGGUUGAGUUGUCCACAGAAAUGCUUCGUUUGGCGGAUACGUACAACGCCAACCAACUGAAGCAGCAGACCAUCGACUUUAUUUCUGCAAACUUGAAGGAGAUGAAACCUGCCGACUGGAAGAGCCUCAUUGCGGCUAAUGUGGACGUGGCCGCCGAAAUGAUUGCCAAAAUGGCCGUAACAAAGUAA